AUGCCGAUGAAGAAGGAGAUUGAUCUGGAGGAGGAUGUUGGUUUUUAUGAGCAGACAUUAUUUUCACAGGUCUCGGAGGAAGCCGAUAACCUGGAGAAUGCCGACGUCCAGGAAACAAGCGCACAUGAAGCAGAACACGUAGAACCAGAUGUUUAUGUUAAUGAGAAAGAGGCAUACGAGGCUUAUCGUAAGUAUGGAUAUAAUCUUGGUUUUAGUGUUCGUAAGGAUCAUCAUAGUUACUGGCCAAAUUCCAGAAAUUUAAAAUCCAAGGACUUUGUUUGUUCAAAAGCUGGUUUCAAGAAGUUGCAUGAUCUUAAUAUCCAAAGGAAAUAUCAAAGAUCAGAUACCCGAACUGGUUGUCCAGCUAUGAUUAGGUUUACAGUGGAUGAAGGUGGAUAUUGGAAGGUGAAAAAAUUUAUUGAAAAUCUCAAUCAUGAUUUGCCUAGGCCAGAAGACCGGCAUCUUCUUAGAUCAUGCAAGAAUAUGUGUGAUGAAAAGCAAUCUGAAGGUCGAAACAUAGCAUCUAUAUGA